UAAACCCACUUGCUCACAACUUCACUCAAUCAAGCCAAUUAUUCAAUCACAACCCCACUCCCUCUCUCUAAAGACUGUCUUGCUCUUUCUCUCUCUAAAAUGGAAGCAUUCAACAUGUGCUCGUCUUCUAGUUCUUCGUCAUCCGAUUCGUCUUCGUCUGAGUCGACUCAGAGAGGGGUGAAUAAAUCCGAGAGAAUAAAAGGUCCUUGGAGUGCAGAGGAGGACAAGAUCCUGACCCGACUGGUGGAGCGAUACGGGGCCCGAAACUGGUCUCUGAUAAGCAAAUACAUAAAGGGUCGGUCGGGCAAGUCGUGCCGUCUACGGUGGUGCAACCAGCUGAGCCCGAGCGUGGAGCACCGUGCGUUCUCUCAAGCCGAGGACGAGGCGAUCUUAGCCGCCCACGCCAAGUACGGCAACAGGUGGGCCACCAUUGCCCGCCUGCUCCCGGGUCGGACCGACAAUGCGGUCAAGAACCACUGGAACUCCACCUUGAAGAGGAGACAAUCACAGAUGAACAUAAACCCAACGGACGGUUGUGAUGGAAUGAUGAAUGUGGCUGCGGGAUCUUCUUCAUCUGUGUAUGAUGAGGAGUCCGACCCAAUGACGGCGUUGUCACUUGCGCCGCCUGGGGUGGGUGGCUGUGGGUUGCCGGAGAGGCGGCGGGAGGAGACCAUGCCGGCGGAGUUUUGGGAUGUGAUGAGGGGUGUGAUAGCGAGGGAGGUGAGGGAGUAUGUGAUGUCAUCGUUCUCGGCAGCUUCCGGGUUUCGUUAAUGAUAAUGUGCUGGUUGUGUAUUUUUUAUUAAAAAAUUAAGUUUGUUGUUAAUAGUAUCUGUUUUAAAUAUAAAAUUAUUAAAGGUCUGAGCUGGAAGGUUUUUCAAGACAUGAACUUCUUGUUCACUUAACCAGUUGAGCCUAUCUCAUUAGCCGCAUGAAAUGGAUU